UGUGUGAUGCAUGUAGGGAGGGGUAGGGGAGAAGUAUUGCGUGAGAAAUAAAAAGUAGAGGAUGACAAGGCUUAUGCUUCUUUUGAGAUUAGUGAUUUGAGGGAAUCUGUACCUUUUAAUUUUUCUUAUAUUAAUUCCCUAAAAUAACAGAUAAUGUGGUGAGUUAACACAGUGCAAGUUGUGAGUCUAUAAAUGUUAUAGCAGGUGGUUGUAUGGAAGUUGCAGUGUUGCAGAGGUUAGAAGAGGAAGAGAAGAGAAUGGGAGCGAAAAGAUCAUCGAGUUGCUGCUUUGGGAAUGUGUUGAAGGCUUGUUUCUCAAGUGGUGAUAGUUAUGAUGAGUACUGGGAAGGAGGAAGUGGCAGAAGAAUGUUUGCAAGUGAUGAAGACAGAGGACGAUGGGUUGCAGAGCCUGGUAUUGACAGAAAAGCCUCUGAUUUCAUUGCUAAGUACUAUGCCACAAGAGUCACAGACUCUCAAAGCAAAUUUGCAUCUUGAAAUUCCCCUCAAUUAUCUCUUCACUCAUUCUUCCUACUUCUCAUGCCUUUAAUGUACCCGUUUAUCAGCUGAGAUUGAUAAUAUAAGGAUUGAUUUAGUUCUAUUACAAUUUGGAUAUA